CUAUGACUCUAUAAAUUAACAGCCACUUUGUUCCAUUUGUCCCUCACUUGUUCCCCUUUUUUUUUUUUAGCUUUUCCUUUUCUUCUUCUUCUACUACUACUACUACAAGUGCUUCUGUUACAAAAAUCCAGAUUGUUUUUGUUUACUUCUCUCUCUGCCCAACAAACCCUCUUAAAAAGGGUUUUUUUAUUUAUUUGGAAUUUGGUUGAUGUAAUAUUAUCAUAUAUUUAUCAACCAAAUUGCGAUCAAUCAAUAAUCAAAUAAGCAAAAGGAAGAAAUGGAGAGGCUAAACUCAGAGUUAUACUUGCAAAACUGUUACAUAAUGAAGGAAAAUGAGAGACUGAGGAAGAAAGCUCAACUUUUGAACCAAGAAAAUCAAGCUCUUCUUUCAGAACUGAAGCAGAAAUUAUCCAAAGGAAAUUCAAAAGCCAAUGCUUCAAAAUCAAUUCCUGAUCUUAAUCUCUCCUCUGCAAAUCCUUCUAAUUCUUCCAAUUGAAAUAAUCUAAUAUCAAUGGAAGAAGAAGAAGAUGAUGAAGAAGAAAGAAGAACAUGAUUAUGAUGGUGAUGAUAUCAUGACCCCACUUAAAGUUUAAUCUUAUUUUUAAUUUUUUUUUAAUGUUUUUCAUUUUUUGUGAAUUACCAUAGCCAACAGUAGCAAGUAGUUUGGGAUUUCAGUUAUAUAGGACAGCAUGUAGCUUUAGCAUCUUUUUUUUUCUUUUUUUUUGAAUUUCUUAUAUCUUUUUUUGGGGGGGUUAGGAUAUGGAUUUUCUGUACUUCAAAAUGAUGUAUCAGGCUAUCUAAUGGAAAAACCAAUUUCACAUUAUAAGUUUUUCUUUCUCA